AUUUCACCUUGAAAGUGCCACAAAACAUGAAAGAAGCAGAGUAAUCUUUUGUACAAAUGUCGCCACAAGGCACAUUUUUCCAAAGUAAUGAAGCCACUUCUCCUGACAUCCAUUCAAAUAAUUAAGCAUAUAAGCAUAUAAUUUCAUGACGCUAAAUUCCUGUGCAUUUUAAAUAUGUAUAUUGACAGCAAAUGUCUCUCAUUGAUAGAAAUGGGUUUACUGGCAUCAUCGCAAAAAAGAUGGUAAAGGGUUCUUUUGGCAUCUAUAAACACACAAAAGUCUUGGACAGGCAGGACUAGAGGGAUAUGCUUUGUUUUGCGCAUGUUGGAGGCUCAGAACAUAGACACAUUAUUAGCAAUGUUAAAAAAGGGCAAACUUCCUCAUCUGUCAGACUGCUAUUUUCAUCUGACUGUGAGUGACUGACUUUUCUGAUCUUCUCUUGUUGUUGCUCCUAAACUCCUGAAAAAAAACAAAAACAACAAAAACAAAAUUCAAAAGCUGACAGAAAGUCAAGAGUAUUUUCAGCAUCUGCUCUUCACUGGAUCUACUAGAUCAUCUGAGGGAUUUGACUGAAUCAAUAUGCUGCUGAUCAUUGAAGCUCUUUUUCUCAUUUUAGCUGCUCUAGGACAGGAUCACAGAGCUGCUGCUGUUAAAGGACAGAUAUUUCCACUGGAUAUGGCACUGAAUUCAGUUGAUGAUCAAUAUGACGGUUGUACUGUGAAAAUGGCGCAUCUGGUGAAGACAAAAUAUCUACAGAAGGAAAUCAAUAACUCAACGGAAUUUAAAAAUGCUUGGCAAGAAGGCGAAGUCAAUGCCACAGCACCAGAAGAUAACUUGACAAGGAAUCAUUCAAUCGCCAUUUAUGUGUACACCAACCUUAUUUCUAAAGUAUAUCGCAAUUUUAAUAUGGCUGUUCGUAAUGGUAAGCAAAACUACACAAACCAGGUAUAUAAAUGGUAUUCACUUCAGUUUUUGUUAACAGAUGCAAUCAAGAUAUUGACUGAAACACAAAAGAAAUGCAAGUUAUCGUACCGUGGUACCAAAACUGAAUUUUAUCAAAAUGUUAAAGGCAAAAAGAUUCGUUUCGGAUCAUUUACAUCCUCUUCUCUUCAACGUAAAGUAGCACAAGAUUUUGGAAAUAAAUCUUGUUUUGAAAUCAAAACAUGUGAAGGUGCUGAUGUGAUCAAAUAUUCUAAGUAUCCUGAACAGAAAGAAGUGCUGAUUCCUCCAUAUGAGAAGUUUAAAGUCAUUGCUGUCAAGACAAGAAAAUAUCAUAAAAAUCUCUGGUGUGAUACUGUGUACAAGUUGGAAAGCUCUGGGAAAAGAAGUGACCUGAACUGUGCAGUGGCUUUCAAGAAACCAUCCAGAUGCUUUUCUCGAAAGCUAAUGGCCAGUCAAGGCCAUUCAAACAGUCGGUUUAUAGGCAGACUAUGUGGUUGUCAAGGACGGCAUCAGAUGCUCGUGAGCCAGCUCAAUCCCACUGACAGAGAUGGUCUGAAAUGGUGCUGCUGCUGUAGAAUUUGAGCUACAGGAAUACUUCAAAAUGUACAGUAUGUUGAGUGCUUUGAAUUUACAUCCUUACAUGAUUUACAUAAUACACUUUAUUUUAGACCUACACUCUUUAUUUUCUCCUUGUCAUAAAAAACAGGAAUGUUGUUAGAAUAGGACAAUAUUUGGCCGAAAUACAACUAUUUGAAAAUCUGUAAUAUGAGGGUGCAAAAAAAAAAAAAAAACAAUUGAGAAAAUUGCCUUUAAAUUUGUCCAAAUGAACUUCUUAGCAAUGCAUAUCAUAUGCAUAUUAAGUUUUUAUUUAUUUUCUGUAGGAAAUUUACAAAAUAAUUGAUCUUCAUUCAACAUGAUCUUUACUUAAUAUCCUAAUGAUUUUUGGCAUAAAAGAAAAAUCAAUAAUUUUGACCAAUACAAUGUAUUUUUGGCUAUUGCUACAAAUAUACCCGUGCUAUGUAUGACUGGUUUUGUGGUCCAGAGUCACAAAUGAAGGACUUAAGAAUCUGUCUAUCUACUCAUUUACCAUAUAUUUAUUUACUUAUUAAUUUUUAUUUUCUAUUAUUUUUCUAGAACUGUAAUGUUAUGUUCAGUAUUGCAUGAAUUAAUUUCAAGCUUUUAACACCACAGGAUAUUGUUGCAAAGUAGUUAUUUUCCAUUGCCUUUGCUUUGCUGUAAUAAUACUUGUUGAAUUUGUGCUGGUCAGGCAAGAUUAUUCAAUAAACUCAGAAAAUGCUUAUUUUGA